AUGAGAACUUCAACUGACUCACUAGGACUCACUACCACCAACAACAACAACAACAUCACCAAGAACAAGUUCAAGAUCAAGAACCAAUACGAUCACAUCAAUCUCACCUCAUUCACCUCUUUCAAUGUCAACACCUAUCUCGAUCAAUACGACUCCAAUCAAUUAUCAAGCACUAAUCCUACUACAAAUCAAACUAUCAAAUCAUCAUCAUCAUCAUCCCAACCACAACCACAACCACAAGCUCAAUCACAUUCACAAACCUUUAGUAAUUCAACAAACCAUUCGUCUUCUUCGUCUUCUUCAUCUUCAACAUGUUCAUCACCACCUUAUUCAAAACAAGCACCAUUCAAUUUAUUUCCCAUCAAACCAUUCAACUCAACUUACAACCGACCGGUUCUAACCCAUCGAUGGUUAAUACCUUACACACCUCUAAUCACUACUUUGAUCAUUUCGAUUAUCUUUUAUUUAGGUUAUAUCAUUGGUUCUGCAUCUUUAUUUAGUCCGAAUCAAGAAUUAUCUUUAAUUGAUUUAAAACCUAGAUUAACUUCUCAUAAUCAUCAGUUCAGAGGUUGGUGGUUUGAUAGAGUAACUGAAAUCGAACAAGUCGUCUUAAUCAAAGUUAGAGAUGUUAAAGAAAUUUAUGGUAGACCUGUUGAACAUUUUGCUCAUAAAGCUGAUAUAAUUCGCCUAGAAGCACUAAGAGACCACGGAGGGAUAUAUCUAGACUUCGACGUCUUAGGUCAAGAACAAUCACCCAGUUCAUCAUCCGAGAUCCUAGGAGUUUGUAAUGCGAUCAUUCUGUCUAAACCGUUCUCACCCUUCAUCUCAAGAUGGUUAUCGUCUUAUAAAUCGUUUGAUAAAACUAGAUGGGCAGAUCAUUCGGCUUCCGUUCCUUGGUUAUUGGCUCAAAAGUUUCCAAACGAAGUCACUAUCUUGGGUCCUAGAGCUUUCUUUUAUCCACUUUGGCAUGAAGAUGAUUUAUGGAAAGUUCAUAGAUCUUUAGAUUGGGAUUUCGAUAAAUCAGGCCAACUAGCCUACCAUGCAUGGAGUUCAUUAAGUUAUAAAUCCGAAUUAUCCAAAUUAAAUCCAGAAAGAAUUCAUCUGACUGGAGGUAUUGAACAAGGUGAAAGUAGUUUUACUUGGUUUGUGAGAAGGUAUAUACAUGAUGAGAUUCGUGGGAAAUGGAAUGAAGGUUUAAAGAAUGGUGAACUUAAAGAAUCAUGAGGGAUCGAAUUUUAUAAUAGUUUGAGAAUUUUGGAAAGAGAGAGAGGUUUUUGGACGUUUUGGAAGGAGUUGUGUUUGUUUGUUUGUGUGUGUGUUUUGUGGAAAGGCAUAGGUGGGUGGGUGAAUGAUGAAUGGAUACUUUUUUUCUUUGGUUACUUUGCAAUGUGUUUGUUUUUCUCUUUCUCUUUUGGUUUAUUUUGGUUAAUGAGUUGAAUUCAGGAAAAAUUUUAUAAAACAUCUUAUGGAAUUUUAUCUUUUUCCUCUUACACUUUACAAAAACCAAACCCCAUUCCAUUCCAUUUAUUUCAAAAAAAGUUUUAGUUUUUAGCUUUUCUCUUUUUUCUCUUUUCUUUAGGAAUCUUUCAUUUUUUUUGAUUAUCUUAUUAAAUUUUUCUAAAGAUUCAAGAUUGUAAAACCAAAAAAAAUGGAUUUUUUUCUUCUUCUGGAAUAUCAUGGGUUUCAAUUGAUGUGUUUGUUUGUUUUGUUUGUUUUUCUUUCGGGUUUCAUGUUUUUGAGAUUUGAUAAUAUAUGAAUGAAAAUAAUUGAACAAUUCU